CCAUUAUUUCCUCAUUUUUUAUCUUUGAUUCUUUCUCUUCUUAUCCUCUUUUCUUUUCUCGUAGUGUUAGCACCUUGACAUUGGAAGCUUCCUAAUUUUGUAGAGACAGACUGAGAAGCAACAUUCUCUACUAGGAAUAGCUUGCUUCGGAGCCUUCCUGAUGUCUCUGCGUUUUUUUGCUGGAAAAGUUUUUCCCACCAGAGGGUAAUGACCCAUGCCAAUGCUGUCUUGGUUAUAAUAAACAAAGUUCAACUUGUGUCCUUGGAAUAAAAUGUAAACAAAUUUCAAGGCAGUCGACUAAGAAUUAAUAAUACUUUCUAAAGUCAUCUAUGAAAAUAAACAGAAGCCGUUCGAGAGAAAUAUAUUGUUUAUAUAUAUUAUAUAUAUAAAAUAUACAUACACAUACAUAUCUGCACUGUAAAUACUUUCUAGUAUGAAGAGAAAGUAUAACACAUAUCACGUCUAUAGCUACAAUAUUUGUUCAUAUCGAGGCUAAAGAAAAUAGUGAAAUUUGACAAAUUAAUAUUUACAAAAGUAAUAAAACUCGAUAAUCUGUAUAGAAUUUACAUUUUAUAUUUUACUGUAUGUGAUUUAUUUUAAACAAUGUUCUAAUAAGAAGACUUCUGAAGAGUUAUAGCUUUCCUCUGUUGUAUACUGUUAUGAAAAACUUAUUGCUCAACGAUUCUUUUAACUCAUGUUUUGGAAAUGAGCUCUUUAGAUGAUAUUACCUUUCAUGAUUGAGUAACAGUUUUGAAAAUUAAUUCAUUAUGUAAGCGUAAAUAUACAAAAUUACAUAUCUACUACAUAUGUAUAAAGUAUUUGUUUGAAAAAUUUUUUUUUACAGAUUAUAAUUGAAUAGAUUUCCAAACACCAUUCUAGGCUAUUUUGAUCUAUGUAACAUAAAUUAGAUGAUUAAAAAUAUAUUUUUUAAGAAUAUGGAGAUAAACUUAAACUACUACGUCUUGCGUACAAUUUUUAAACUAUUAAAUGGAUUAGACCUACACAAUGCUUCUCAGGUUUCCAGAUCUUGGUUGGAAGCAGCCAAUGAUGAAAAAAAAGAAAGAGGUCCCAUGUAUAUUAUAAAAAGAAGAAAAAAGACAACGCCUCAUUACAAUUCGGAACAAGUUAAAAAAGAAAUCAUUGAAUGUUGCCAAGUAAAACCUUCUUUAAUUAUGCUUUUAUAUGUCCCAUACAGUAAUGCAAUAUUACGAGGAUGCUAUUGCAAUUUUCUGCCAGUUGAGUGUUACUUACUAUCAUUGGAAUAUAAUUCAACAAUAAGAAAUAUGAUUAGACCAAAGAAAACUGUUGCAAGCAUGCAUUUUCCUGAUGUACCAAACAUACAAAUCUCUGCGUUAACAUUAAAAAAAAAUUUGAAGAGGCCAGAAAUAUAUUGCGAGGAACUUAAAUUAUUUUUCGAAAAUCCUUUAAAAAAUUCUGAAAAGCUAAAAACUGUAUUUGAAGAAUUUUUUACUUACGAUUCUUCUAUGACAAGUUGUCUGAUUUUAUUGUGCAAUAAUAUUAAUAAUGUAAUAGCAGUAGAUUUAGUGAAAUCUUUAAAAGACUGGUUUCCAAAUAAAAAUUUUCCUUUGUGGGGUGGGAUGGUGGACAGAAUUUCAAUUUGUACUUAUGUACACAACUCCCGUGUAUGUAAAGUCCACGCGGAUUCUGUUGCUAUUUUAAUAGGUGGUCCAGAGAUGAAAAUAUGGUCUGUGAUUCUUGAUCAAUUCUGUGAAACUAAAAAGGUGAUCGAAAAUAAGUUAAAAACCUUUAAAGAAAGUAUAACAUUAAGAAAACACUCAAUAGGUUUUAUUUUUUCUUCUCAAUUUCGUGAGAAUUAUUUGUUAGCAUUAGAUUCAUCUAUGUAUCAUCAUUAUUUUCCAAGUGUACCCUUAGUUAAUUGUUUUGGUCAUAAAUCAUUGGGAGGAAGUUUCGAUGAAGCAUAUAAAAGAAUAUCAAAUAAUUCGAGUCAAAUUGGAGACGCAACUUUAAUGAUAUUAACAUAUAAUUAAAUAAUUUAUCAUACGUUCAACAUGUUGAAAUGGAUAAGGAGCAUUUUGCCAUGUAAGACGCUGCCUAUUUUGUUUGGAACUUUAUCUAUUGCAAGACGCAGCAAUAUUUACUACGUUUGUUAUGAAAUCCACCUAAGAAUAUUCGACAUAUAUUGUUCCAAUACUAGUGUAUUGUCUCCUUCAUAUAAACAAUCGUAAUUUCUAUCUUUGCUAGUUUCUGACUUACAUCUAAUUUUAACAUUUUAAAUUCUUCUAAGAGUUUUAGGAGAACAAAUACAUUUCUAGACUAGUUAUCGUCUCCUUUAUCAUUAGAGCUUUCAUAAUGACUAAAAUAAUCUUAAUGAGACUUAAUAAUCUCAAUUAGAUUAUCUGCAAACAUUUUUCUGCCACUUUCUAUGUCAACAAUGUAAACAAAUUGUAAAAUAAUUUUAUAAGAAAACGCAAAUAAAUGUCACGUUAACUGA